GUGUAUUUUUUCUUUGACUGCUUCCCAAAUUCCAUUGGGACUCUUGAAAUGAUUUGAAGGAUACUAAGGGUCUAUGUCAUGAUCAAAAGAUGGAAAUUGAUGCUUUAAAAACAGAAAAUGUUCAGCUAAAAACAGAACUGGCUAGAGCCAAGGAAAGUAUUAAGCUACUUAACCAACACCAGGACUCCAACACCAACUACAACACUGGGGAGGAACUAUCUCAGGAUAAGUGGCCUAAAGAAAUUAACAUCCCUGGCAGAUGUAUACUUAAGGUGUUCCCUCUGCCAGAACUUCAGAUUGUCACCAAAAUUGAUGAACCCCCACAGGUUGACCUGACCAUAGUACCUGAAAAAGACAACACUGGUCUGGUGUCUGGUGAAGAGAGCUCUUUGGACAGUGGUGAUGACUUCAUUAUUUGUCCCCCUACAAAAGGGUUAGGGUCUUGUUAUUAA